GAGCUUCCUGCGCAGUCAAUAACAAUAAAAUAAUUAAAAAUUAUAGUGAUAAUGAAUAAAUUGAAUAAGUUUACAUAAAAUAAUCAAAUAAAACUUAAAAAUGAAGAACUUUAUUAGUAUUAGUGUUAGUAUUAUAUUAGUUAGUGUUUUAUAUUUACAAAAUGGCGUUAGUGGUGAAUAUAUGCCAAAAUACAUUCAAAAUAAUUACAACGUAAACCAAGGAAGUUACGCACAACCUUCAGCGACUAAAACAUUUACAAAAACAAAAACCAAAAAUGUCAUCCCAGCCGGAAGUUACAAUGGCGGCUGUGUGGGCCAACCCCAACCACCGCACAACUCAAAAAUGCAGUGUUCUAAGUACAGCGGGUGUAAAGUAACUUGUAUGCCUAGCUACAAGUUUCCUGAUGGUUCUGCUAAUGUCAUCGUGCAGUGUCAGGAUGGUAUCUGGAUUCCGAUGACGGAAAGUGGUACAUUGCAAGCAUGCGAACCUAUUUGUCUACCUGAAUGUUUAAAUAAUGGCAUUUGCGUUGCUCCGGAUCAAUGCAAUUGUCCUGAGAAUUUUUCUGGACCUCAUUGUCAAUUUGAAAACAAACCAUGUUUGAAUUUCCCACCUAUGCCCAUGAAUUCAAAGAGAUCUUGUCGUGCUUCGAUCUGUACAAUUAUUUGUAUGAAUGGUCAUCAAUUCCCUGACGGCACUGGCAUGACCACAAUGGAGUGCAAAAACGGUAACUGGGCACCUACUAAACCCGGCUGGGCAGUUAUACCGGAUUGUCAAGCCACGUGUAAUCCGCCAUGUCAAAAUGGCGGCAAUUGUCUUUCCUUCAACGUAUGUCAAUGCCCGCAAGAUUUUCGUGGACCACAAUGUCAAUAUUCUGCAAGUGUUUGUAACGCUAAAAAUCUGCAAUUCAAUGGAGCUUACAAUUGUUCAGGUGAUGCAGAAACAUUUAAAUGUUCAGUCAACUGCCCAGCUGGUAUUCAAUUCGAGUUUACCCCUCAACCAUAUUACACUUGUCGGUAUGACACAGGUAAAUUCCUGCCUGCACCCAUCCCGCAAUGCGUUUAUCCUGAUAACAUGCAAGUUAUUCCUCUGGGAAGCACAUCUCAUACAUAUUACAAGGUUUCUAAUUAUUCUGUGAAGUCUAAUUCGAAGUCAAUGCAUCAUGGAUACUCUGAUGGUGAUGUUAUUACUUUUGGAAGUAAUUCAGAGACAAGUUGGCAGAGGAGAAAGCCGAGCAGUGAUAAUUAUGUCAACGAUACUAAUAUUGAUGUAGUUCCUAUUGGGAUGUAUGGUAAACAUGAAAGUGCAUACGUGACUGUUGAAGAGAAACUUCCAAAACCAGGAACUUGCUUCACAUGGGCCGGAAGUCAUUAUAAAACCUUUGAUGGGACUAUUUUCAGUGUCAAUUCAAACUGUGCUUAUACUCUAGCACGUGAUGCAGUUGAUAAUACAUUCACAGUUAUUGUUUCUAAUCAUCCUGGGUGCAAAACUGACUACAAAAAAUGUUAUCGAGUUGUUAAAAUUUAUCUGCAGGAUAAAGAAUAUAUUUUGAAGAAAUCUGAUGAUGAUGUCGCCAUUUUGGUUUCCCCGAAAAAAAUCCACGCCAUUCCUGGACAACUCCCUGGAAUGCGUACUGAAAUGAUUGCGCAUUUUGUAGUAGUCUUCUUGGAUAUUUGCGGAGUGAAAAUAAAAUGGGAUGGUAGGCAAAUGGUACAGGUUGAAGUAAAUGAAGCGAUGUGGAAUAGAACUGAAGGCAUGUGUGGUAAUCUAGAUGGUAAUCCACGAAAUGAUUUGAGAACAAAACAAGGAAAAAUUGCGAAGAAUCCUGUAACGUUUGCUAGCAGUUGGCAAGUUGAUUCAUUAGAUGAUGAAUGUAAAGAUACACCCACUGAACAACACGCAUGUGCCAAUGCACCAAACAAAAUCAAAAUGGCCGACGAGUUUUGCAGCAAAAUUCUGUACGAUAAACGGUUUUUAGCUUGCCAGAAAGUUGUAGAUGUUAAUUUGUUGUUGGAUACGUGUAAAGCAGACUAUUGCACGUGUACAAAAACAAACCCUAAUGAAUGUGCCUGUGAUGCUUUGAAUAUCUACAUCCGGACAUGCGCAUACAAAGGAGUUAAGAAUUUGGUGUCCUGGAGAGAUGAAAAAAUUUGUCCAAUGACCUGUACGGGAGGUAGAAUCUACAUGCCCUGCGCCCCUGUUGGUGGUCAAUCCAUCUGCGGUGCAUCAGUAGAGUCCAAUGAAGAUUCCACUUGUGAAGAAGGUUGUUACUGUCCACCUGGCACUUACCUUCACAACAAUGAAUGCAUCACCAAAGACAAAUGCCCUUGUCGUUUACGUGGUAAAGACUUUGCUUCCGGUACGAGUGUACCAAAAGACUGCAACACCUGCACAUGCAACCAAGGUCAAUGGUUGUGUACUCAAGUUGCUUGUGGUGCAAGAUGUUCCGCUCUUGGUGAUCCUCAUUACAUCACAUUUGAUGGAAAACGAUAUGACUUUAUGGGUCAAUGCUCUUAUUACUUGGUAAAAACUGAUAAUUUCACCAUUGAAGCAGAAAAUGUUGCUUGUUCAGGCGCCAUUUCCGCUGAAAUGAAUUUUCCGUUAAAUAUCGCUGCUGGGUUGCCAUCUUGUACGAAAGCUGUGACUGUUCGUUAUAAAGGCAUAAAUAUUAAAUUGAAACAAAACCAUGAUUUGGUAAUUAAUGGUAAAGAUAUUACAAAGUUACCAUGGAUCUCUGGAGGUGUAAAAGUCAGAAGUGUUUCUUCUAUAUUCUUGGUUGUCAAUUUGGAUAACGGAGUGGAAAUUUGGUGGGAUGGAAUAACAAGAGUAUACGUUGAUGUACCAGCGAGUUUUAAGGGUUUAACCAAAGGUUUAUGUGGCACGUUUAAUGGUAAUCAAAAGGAUGACUUUUUAACACCAGAAAAUGACGUUGAAACGUCUGUUACUCCUUUUGCCAAUAAAUGGAAAACUGAAGAGAAGUGUAAUGAUGUUAAGGAAGACCUCAAGAACCAUCCGUGUACCAUCAAUGUUCAUAACAAGGCAUCUGCGGAGAAACACUGCAAGGUUUUAAAAUCCAUACUAUUUGCACCGUGUCAUUGGUACGUCAACCCUGAUCCAUUCUACCAAGAUUGCCUCUAUGACCUUUGUUCGUGUGAGGGUAAACUCCGUAAUUGUUUCUGUCCAAUGGUGGCAGCCUACGCACAAGAGUGUGCCGCUCAAGGAAUGAAGAUUUCAUGGAGACAAGAGGUCCCUGAAUGUGGUGUGGUAUGCCCUCCGGGUCAGACCUACCAAAUGUGUGGGAAUACCUGUGCAAGAACCUGUAAUGAAUUGGCUACCAAUCAAGACUGCAAAGCACAAUGUGUAGAAGGGUGCAAUUGUCCUGAAGGUGAGGCAUUGGAUGACCAAGGGGAGUGUGUACCCAUCGGGAGGUGUAAGUGUCAUCGAGAUGGAGUUGAUUUCCCUGCAGGGUUUAAAGAAGUCAGGGCUGCGCAUGGAAGAAAUGAAUUAUGUACUUGUGUUAAUGCAAACUGGCAGUGUAAACCUGCACGUAAAGAAGAUCAAGACCAAUUCCCACCUGUAGCCCACCUUCAAUCAAAGUGCAACGCUACAAGGAACUUAGUGUUUACUACUUGUGAGUCACCAGAACCUAUCACAUGCAAAAACAUGCAUGACCCUGAUUAUACCUCCGCUGAUGUGUGUCACGCGGGUUGUGAAUGCAAAAAAGGCUACAUUCUCGAUACAAGAUCCAAAAUGUGUGUAAAACCCUCGGAUUGUCCGUGUCAUCAUGGAGGUCGUUCAUACAAAGAAAACUCUGUGGUCCAAAACGAUUGUAACACCUGCAAAUGUAAAAACGGUAAAUGGGAUUGUACAACCCGCCAAUGCGCGGCACAAUGCAGUGCAUGGGGUGAUUCCCACUUUAAAACCUUUGAUGGUACCCACUAUGACUACCAAGGUCAAUGUGAUUAUAUCCUGGCUAAAGGUGCUAUUACCCCUGAAGAUAAGUUUGAUGUAAUCAUUCAGAAUGUCCCAUGUGGAACCCUUGGAGUAGCAUGUUCUAAAUCUGUCACUAUCAAGAUUGGAAAUGGUCCACAACAGGAGAGUAUCACUCUACAAAGAGGAAAACAUGUCAGAGACAAUCAAAUCUUCAAAAGAUUCACGGUGAGGAAUAAAGAUUUGUUUGUUAUUAUUGAGGCUGCUGAUUUAGGUCUGACUAUCCAUUGGGAUAAAGGUACUAGAGUGUAUGUGAAAGUAGAUCCCAGGUGGAAAGGGCAUGUGAGAGGUCUUUGUGGGAAUUAUAAUGACAAUCAAGCAGAUGAUUUCAUGACACCUUCAGGUGGUCUUAGUGAAGUAUCACCGAUUUUGUUUGGAGAUUCAUGGAAACUGCAGAGUUACUGCCCAGAAACCAAAGAGAUAUUUGAUACUUGUGAAUCAAGACCUGAUAGGAAACAAUGGGCCUUGAAACAAUGUGGUAUUCUAAAAGGACCCAAAUUCACUGCUUGUCAUAGUAUAGUCCCUGUUGAACACUACAUAGAUAGAUGUGUGUUUGAUGCUUGUGCUUGUGACCAAGGAGGUGACUGCGAAUGCCUUUGCACUGCUAUAGCUGCAUACGCCCAAGAGUGUUCCAAUCAAGGUCACCCAGUAAAAUGGAGAUCCCAGGAAUUGUGCCCCAUUCAAUGUGAUGAAAGAUGUGCUUCUUACAGUCCAUGUGUUAGCACCUGCCCAGUUGAAACCUGCGAGAAUCUAUUAGUUCAAAGCCCAAUGAGUAAACUGUGUAAAGAAGAUUCAUGUGUGGAGGGUUGUCAACCUAAGCCAUGCCCAGCGGAUCACGUCUACGCUAAUUCAUCCCUUUUAAAUUGUGUACCAAGUAAUCUUUGUAAACCCAUCUGCAUGCAAGUCGAUGACAUCACUUAUUACGAAGGAGAUUUAAUGGAAGAAGACCAAUGUCACACAUGUUACUGUUCAAGAGGGAAGAAGUCCUGUAAAGGUCACACUUGCCCACCUUCUAUGUCCACUACCAUGGAACCACCUAGUCAUGAACAGAAUACUAUGUGUAAACCAGGUUGGAGUGAUUGGAUCAAUCAAGAUAAAGCAACUGUCAAGAAAGGAGAACAUAAAUACAUCGAAAAUGAAACCUUACCUGAUGAUAUCCUCUUGAAUAACUUAUUAGGUUCAGCUAGAUGUGACAGGGAUGAAAUGGUGGACAUUGAAUGCCGCACAUCUAAGACCCAUCUUACAGCAAAGGAAACAGGAAUGGAUUGUGAAUGCUCCUUAGAACGAGGGUUGGUCUGCAAGUCCAAACCAGGUCAUAGACCAUGCCCAGACUUUGAAAUCAGGGUUCUAUGUAAAUGUGAAAGUGUAACACCUUGUGACCAACGCAAACCAAAUGAAGAAUUCCCUGGGGAUUGUCAUAAGUUCUAUCAAUGUGCUCCUGUUAAAAGAGGUUAUGGUCUAGUAGAGAAGACCUGUGGAAAGGAUAUGAUGUAUAACCCAACAUCUAUGAUCUGUGACUGGCCUGCGAAUGUAAAACUGAUCAAACCCGAGUGUGAAGAGAAGGAAACCAUCAAAACUCUUGAAACACCCCGAGAAGACCAGGAUGUAACCUUGGAAGCCAACCUUUGUGCUGAUAACGAAAGAUAUGAUGAAUGUGCAAUACAAUGUGAUAAACUUUGUUUGCACUACUCCCACAUUGUAAAAGAAAAUGGCCUGUGUCAAGGUAACACCAUCUGUGAACCUGGUUGCGUGCAUAAAGAGAAACCCAACAGUUGCUCACCAGGAUUCCUAUGGUCCAACAAUAUAACUUGUAUUUCUAUGCAUGACUGCAUGUGUGCUUCCCAUGAUGGUAAACCAAUCAAACCAGGAACUGUCAAUAAAGAAUCCGAGUGUAUGUUAUGUCAAUGUGUGGACAACUACUACGCUUGUGAUAAGACAGCGUGCGGGGAAGAGGCUCAGGAGUAUCUGGUUCAUGGUGAAAUAUUUGAAAACACUACACGAGAUGUAGAUGUGGUAUCCUUACCAGUUAUUAUAAGUACGGUGACACCUCCAAAGGAAUGCCUACCGGAGAACUUCAUAGACCUCAUACAGGGUGACCAACCCUUACCGGAUGAAGCAUUCUCGGCUAGUAGUUAUCUCUCUACAAAUUUUGCUCCCUAUAAUGCACGGAUUGACGCCCAAGCUAAUUCAGAAUCAGGUGGGAGUUGGACAGCUAAAGACCUGAAUAAAGAGCAAUACCUUCAAGUUAACCUUGGUAAAUUGGAACCCAUUUAUGGAGUGGUACUCAAAGGAAGUCCCUUGUAUACUGAAUACGUCACCAGUUUUAAAAUUGUGUAUGCUACUUCCGAGGAUCAUCCAGUUUGGAAUUAUGUUUUGGAUAGAACCAAAGAACCUCAGGUGUUUAGAGGUUGUAUGGAUGGUAAUAACCCUGUACAACAUAUUUUUGUAGAAGCUAUAGAAGCUAAACUGGUGAAAAUCUUACCUUUGACCUGGAAUGGUAACAUUGCUUUAAGAGUGGAGUUGAUUGGUUGUGGACAACGGAAAACCCUACCACCAAAAUUCAUUACAAUAGCACCACCUAAUCCUGAUAUGUGUUUAGAUCCAAUGGGACUUGUAGAUGGUACCAUGUCAGACCAACAGAUUACUGUCAGUUCAGAAUAUGGUCCUGGUAACAGUAAAAAAGACCUUAAAUUGAGUGCUUCAAAUGGUUGGAGACCUAUUACCAACAGUCCAUCUGAAUUUGUUGAAUUCAACUUUUUGGAACCAAGAAACAUUACUGGUUUUGUAUCAAAGGGAGGUCCAUCCGGUUGGGUUACCGCUUUCAGAAUUAAAUAUUCUCACAAUGGAAAAACUUGGAAUCCUAUUUUGGAUGAACUAUUCCAAGAGAAGACUUUCCUUGGUAAUUUUGAUGAAGACUCUGCUCAAAUGACCAACUUUUUGAUGCCGAUACUAGCAACUUAUGUAAAGGUAUUACCUUUAAAGUGGCAUAAAAAUAUUGAAUUAAGACUGGAGAUGAAUGGUUGUUAUCUACCUUAUCCAACAAUUGCACAACCUGAGAUAGUGACUGUACCAUCAGUCUGUAAUGAAUGUCCUGGUGUGACAGGAGGUCAAUUGGAAGUUGGGGCUUGCAGGUGUGAAAACACAUGGUGGGAUGGUGAAAAAUGUGUUACCAGACCUGAAUGCCCUUGUACCCUUGGACAUAUUGUAUAUCCAAUUGGGACUGUAUUUGAGAAGGAGGACUGCUCGCAAUGUGUUUGUAAACUUGGAGGUGUGCAACAUUGUGUACCGAAGAGUUGUCCAUCAUGUUCAGUUGGUUUGAAAAGUACUGUUACUAGUACAUGUGGAUGUGUGUGUUUACCAUGUGAUGAAGGUACCACUCUCUGCCCAACUAGUAACAUCUGUAUCAAUAGCACUUCUUGGUGUGAUGGUAUCCGAGACUGUCCUGAUGAUGAACUAAACUGUCAAACCACUUCCCAACCUGAAGUGACAACUGAUUUUGAAGAAUUGUUGGGUACCACGAAAAUAUAUGAACUCUUAACCCAAAAAUGCCCACCAAUAUUAGAAUGUCCUCAUGGAUACAAAGCUGUAGAGAAAAAAGUAUCUAAACUUCAGAGAUUAUCAUACAUUUCUACAAUGUUUUCAACGUAUAGUAAGAAAGCACCUAAGAAAUCAGCUUUGACCAAUGGUAACAAAGGUGGAAGUGGUACUAAAGGAGGUGGGGUCAAAGGAGGAUACAAAUCUCAACUUCAAAGACCUUCAGAUGUUGAAAACUUUAAUGGUAACAAGCAACAAGCAGAUGAAUGCCCUGAAUAUAAAUGUGUUUCUUUGAAACCACCCCCACCCUUUAAACCAAAUAAACCAUGCCCACCAGCACAAUGCCCACCUGGAUUUAAUCCGGAAUUCAAUGACGCAGAGGAUAUUAAGAACAAAUGUCCGUUUUAUGAAUGCGUUCCAAAUCCAUUACCGGAUGUGGUUUGUAAUGUCACCGGAAAAACUUUUACGACUUUUGAUAACACCGAGUAUAAAUAUGAUAUUUGUAAUCAUGUCCUUGCAAGAGAUUUGAAGAAUUUAGAAUGGGAUGUUAUCUUGCAAAAGAAUUGCACGACUUCCUGUUCGAGGAACUUGGUUAUACAUCACAAUGAACAUACAUUCGUUUUACAUCAUGAUAUGUCCGUGGAAUUCGACGGAUAUAAAUAUUCUAUAUCACAAACAAAGAAAAUCGGAAGCAACUCGCAUUUCUUCUCGAUAUCGCGGUUAGGCAACACACUACUCUUCGUAUCGGAACAAUAUGGCUUCUGGGUAAUCUGGGACAAACAGGGCAACAUUAAACUGGGUGUUUCUAGUAAACUAUUAAAGAAAGUCGAUGGAUUGUGUGGAUAUUACAAUGGAAAACCAGAUGAUGACAAAAGGAAACCAGAUGGGACUGAAGCAAGAACAACAGCCGAGUUUGGUGAUAGUUGGUUACAAAACGAAGGAAAAAUGCAGUGUGAUGCUGGAGGAUGUCCACCGGAAAUUCAAAAUAAAGCUUGGGAUAUGUGUAAUCAAGUCAAGAGUCAAGUUUUAAGCGCUUGUACAAAAUCCGUUGACGUUGAUGCAUUUAUAAGUCGUUGUUUAGAAACAACCUGCAGUUGUUUACAAAUGGCGGCCACUAAUGGCACCGCAGAAGAUUCAUGUCGAUGCAAAGCUUUGGAAAACUUCGUUGUGGAGUGUAUGAUGAACGAUAAUGAUGUAGAAUUGACUGAUUGGAGGACUUUGCAUGAUUGUCCUGUAUCAUGCGACGCACCUUUAGUUUAUCAAGACUGUUACCGCCGACGUUGUGAACCCUCGUGUGAAACAAUGUCCGACCCAAAUGCAUGCCCAAAACUAUCUAGUAUGUGCUUCCCUGGUUGUUAUUGUCCCCCUGGACUUGUCCGCAAAGGUGACUCUUGUAUCAAGUCUUCAACCUGCAAGGACUGCGAAUGCAAUGUGUUACCACAUCUGCAAUACAUUACCUAUGAUGAUAACAACUUUACAAUCAACGGAAAUUGUGUCUAUGUCAUGUCUAGAGAUGUCUUAGAAAAAUACCACGAUGAGCACCAAUUCCAACUUUUGGUCACUAAUCAUCCAUGCCGUGAUAACCCACUGAAAAUGUGCGUUGGAAAGAUCACCAUUUUACACCAAGGACAUAAAAUCCACGUGUUCUUCGACACUGUACGAAACAAACUGAAACUAAUAGUAGACGCUGAACGGAUUGAUGAUUUUGAAGAAGUCGCUGAUUGGAUGCAAGUGAGGACAACAAAAUCAAAACACAUGAAGUUGUUGUUAUUCAAGAUACAAGUAGAAAUCAGUGUUUAUUUCCCAUCAUUGGGUGUAUCAGUAAAAGCACCAUCACAUAAAUACGCAGGGAAAUUAGAAGGUUUAUGUGGAGAUUGCAAUAAAGAUCCAGAGAAUGAUUGGAGAAUGCCAGAUGGAGUCCCAGCAAAAGACCAAGAAGAAUUGGGUCCUAGUUGGUUGUACGACAAGUUACCAGGCAUGACAAAGGAAAACUGCGAGAAUAAACCAAGAGAAUUAUGUGAAGUGUUAUCAGUCGAAGAAGAUCCCUGUAUGCAACUAUUAGAUUCCAGCAGAUAUGCACAGUGUCAUCCAUUAUUAGACCCUGCAAUGUUCCUGGACUGGUGCCAUAAGGAUAUCUGCGGUGGUCAUCCGGAACUAGCCUGCAGCGCCAUCUCCUCUUACGCUAGAGAAUGCCUCAGUAAUGGAUUCUGUGUCAAUUGGCAUUCGGAUCUUUGCCCACAAACAAAGUGUCCUGAUGGCCAACAAUACCAAACCUGUGGGACAUCAUGCCCUGUCACCUGUGAUUCAAUAAAGAACCCUCAAAAGAAAUGCAAUGAAGUCCCAACUUCCGGUUGUUUCUGCCCGGAAGGCAAAGUAAUGCAGAAUAAUACAUGUAUUGAAGAAAAGAUGUGUAUCACAUGUGAUGAACAUGGUCAUCAUCCUGGAGACAAGUGGACUAAAGACGCUUGUACAACUUGUGAAUGUGAGGGUAGUUCUAUUCGUUGUGAAACCAAACAUUGUCCUGCUAUAGAUACCCUCUGCGAGUAUGGAUAUAACGCUGUCAAACUCACAAAAGAAAAAGAUGAGUGCUGUGAGAAGUAUAUCUGUAUACCUUCAGCAACAGCUUCACCUACAUGUGAUCCCCCACAGAAACUUGAUUGUGCUUUUGGGCAAGUUGCUAAACUAGAUACCAAGUCAGAUGGAUGUCAACAGUUUGUUUGUGAAUGUCUACCACCUGAAGAGUGCGCAGUUGUUGAUUUGAAAGCAGAUCCCGAUCAGGAAGUUGGAAUGACAAAGAAAAUCAAAGAUGGCGGAUGUUGUCCAACCGUAGAACUUGUUUGUGAUACCAAUCUAUGUCCCGCAGCCCCGAAAUGUGACGAAUUCUAUAGUUUGAAUAAAACUGAUGCUGGGAAGACAAGUUGUUGUCCUGAAUACAAAUGCGUUGCACCGGAAAGUUGUAUUGUGGACUUGGAUCACAUCGAAGCAGAAAAUGGCGGCGAGAGACAACGUAGUCAAUACGAGAAACAAAAAUUAUUAAAACAAGCGAAUGAUACGUGGAAUGAUGGACCUUGUAGAUCAUGCAAAUGUUAUGGAUCUAAAUCCACAGGAUUCCAUUCGGCUUGCACAACCACCGAGUGUCCUUUAGUGACAUCUUCACCUGAUUACGCAGAGUAUGAUUUAUUGAUAGAGCCGAUUAAGGGUGAAUGUUGUCCGGAGAUGAAACGAAGUGGUUGUAAAUACAAUAGUAAGAUUUACCACAUUGGGGAGAAGUGGACGGAUGAACACAACCCAUGCACCAAGUUAGAAUGUGUUGAAACAAAGGGUUAUGGCGUCCAGAAACUAACCCAAAUCAUCAGUUGUGAUGAAAGUUGCGAUAUAGGUUAUGAGUACGUACCAGCAACAAAAGAAUCUCACGAAUGUUGUGGUUCCUGCAAGGCAAUUGGUUGUGUCGUCGAUGGGAAAGUCAAAUCAGUUGGUACCAACUGGACCUCGGAAGAUUUCUGCAUGCAUUACACUUGUUUAGCUGACAAUGGAACGAUGCAAGUUCAAUCUUUGAGUAUUGUAUGUCCAGAAAUCGCCCAGGAACAGUUUGAUAACUUUGUCUAUGAAUUCCAAGCGAUCGAAGGUGAAUGCUGUAAGAAACACAAGAUGUCCGCGUGUAAAGUCGGCGAUACAAUGUAUAUGAUUGGUCAGUCAUGGCCAUGCCCAGACGGGGAUCAAUGUAAAACGUACACAUGUGUUGAAACUUCACCCGGAGUGCUUAAAAAGCAGGAAAGUAUCAAAACAUGUGAUACGGAUUGUCCCUUGGGAUGGGAGUAUGUAGCUUCGAAUGUGACUUGUUGUGGCGAAUGUGUACAACGCGCAUGCGUAGUAGAGAACACACUUAAAUCACCCGGUGUUAACUGGACUUCUGCGGAUAACUGUACGACAUUCACGUGUGAAAACUUCCUGGGACAGUUUACAGUUUCAAGUCAUCAGGUUUCCUGUCCGCAGAUUGAUGACUGUCCACCGGAGAAUGUUUAUACGAAAGGUUGUUGUGAAUAUUGUAAUGUAACUGCACUGGCAAUGGGUGAUUGCGUGCCGCAGGAAAUCACUGGCAAAAAGAGUUUGCAUUAUAUUACUGCGGAAAGAGAAGGACAUGGCGUGUGUAAAAACAUUGAAGAGUUGAAAGGUUUCACUGAAUGCGUAGGGACUUGUCAUUCUGCAACGUUGUUUAAUAAAGUUACUGGGAAGCAUGAAUCUGUUUGUUCGUGUUGUCGAGCUUUGGAUUACAAACCAUUGUUGGUCGAGUUGACUUGUCAGGAUGGGUAUAAAUUUAAGAAACCAAUGUCUGUUCCUUCGAAAUGCGGGUGCGAGGGGUGUUCGGCGUUGAAGAAUCCACUUCUACAGGCUGGUAAGGGUGUAAAAGGUAUCAAACAUUAGGUUACUAAACGUAAAUUUUAAUCUAACAUGUUUAUAUAAGGAAGAUAUUUUGAAGAGAUAUUUUACUAUUUGG